ACAGGAAACUCUUCUUAUUUCUUACAAAUUUGGUACGUACUAAGCUGAAAUUCAAUUGAAAUUAGAUUUCAAAAUCCAUUUAUAUUUCAUUCCUCACCGGAACAAUAUUUCAUUUUUUGCCGGAAAAAUAAAUAGAAAGAAAUAGUGGGAUUAAUGGGAGAGAAGAAAUAAAAUGGAAAAAUGUGAUAUUCAUAAGGUAAAAUAUAUUCAGCCCGAGAAAAUAUCACCACUAUUUUUCGGGGAAAAUAAAUCACUCCAAGUGAAAAUGAGAAGUACUUAAAUCACUCCCUCCUAAGAAUUGAAUGACAAUAACAUCAUAUAUUUACAAUUCAGCUGAACAUAAAUUAUAACUUGACUCUAAUCAUUUAAGAUAAAUAAUAGAUGAGAAGGAUUUACUACAAAAUCACCAGAACAACUAAAGAUCAAAUAGAAAAAAGCUCAUUUGCCCCUCUUUUUUUUUUUUUCCUUUCCUUCCAGGACAUAGGACAAUUAAGUGUAUAACUACUGUAUUUCUUUACACUUGAGACUAGAGGGGUUAAUCACAUAAUUAUAAAUUAUAGAAUAAUUUGACAAGGUAAGUGGGUGAACCAAAUUCUCUCUAUUGUUAGACACAGUACUUGAUUAGACACCUAAUCCACAUAUACAACUUAGUAUAAACUAUGUUUGUUAUGGUAUUAGGUCACUAUUCCAUUUCACUCUCGUACGUAUAUAUACUUGAGACCUCUCCACCCUAGUCACAACACACAACCAUCAAAAGCUUCAUUCUAAGGAACGAGCAAAAGAAGUACAGUAAGAUGGAGUUGCACAGCACAUAUUGUAGCCUUUUCCUCAAACUAACCUUCAUUUUAGCGUUUACAGCUUGUUUAGCAAAUGCAGCGGUCCACCAUCAUGAGUUUGUUAUUCAACCAACGCCGGUGAACAGGCUUUGUCAAACCCAGCAUGUUAUGACUGUAAAUGGUCAGUUUCCAGGGCCAACCCUGGAGGUACAGAAUGGAGACACCCUAAUCAUCAAAGUAACGAAUGCUGGCAAAUAUGAUAUCAGUCUCCACUGGCAUGGAAUCCGCCAAAUGAGAAACCCAUGGGCAGAUGGACCCGAGUAUGUAACACAAUGCCCAAUGAAACCUGGAGUAACCUACACAUAUCGGUUCACCAUUGAGAACCAAGAGGGAACACUAUGGUGGCAUGCUCACAGCAAAUGGCUAAGAGCUACUGUAUAUGGAGCUCUAAUCAUAUACCCCAAACAGGGAUCUUCAUAUCCCUACCCAAAACCCAAAAGAGAAUAUCCUCUUAUUCUAGGAGAAUGGUGGAACAGAGACCCAAUGCAUGUUCUUCGACAAGCAACAAUAACAGGAGCAGCUGCAAAUGUGUCAGACGCAUAUACAAUCAACGGUCAACCUGGUGAUCUAUAUCCAUGCUCCAGCAAAGAUACAACCAUAUUUCCUGUCGAAGCUGGUGAGACGAUUCUUCUCCGAAUCAUCAAUGCUGCACUCAAUCAACAACUCUUUUUUUCAAUUGCCAACCACCAAAUGACAGUUGUUGAGGCGGAUGCAAUUUACACCAAGCCCUUCACCACCAAUGUUGUGAUGAUAGGACCAGGACAAACAACCAAUGUCCUAGUCACUGCUAACCAACCACCAGGCCGCUACUACAUGGCAGCUACAGCCUACUCCAGUGCUCCUAAUGUAGCCUAUGACAACACCACCACAACUGCAAUUCUUGAAUACAAGUCUGCUGCUUGCAAAUCCAAAACAGGAAGUCCUAUGAGACCCAUUCUUCCACAACUACCAGCCUGGAACGAUACUAACACCGCAAAUGCAUUUAAAGCUCAAUUUAGGAGUCUUUCCAAGGGGAGGGUCCCAAUUGAGAUUCAUGAGAACCUAUUUUUCACAAUCAACCUUGGGCUGAUAAACUGUUCAGGUCCAAGUUUCCGUUGUCAAGGCCCCAACAACACCAGGUUUACUGCUAGCAUGAAUAACGUAUCCUUCGUUUUCCCGAAAAGGAAUUCCAUAAUGCAGGCUUUGUACCAAAAUACUCCAGGUGUCUUCACAACAGACUUUCCUCCAGUACCUCCAUUGCAAUUUGAUUACACAGGCAACGUAAGCCGAGGGCUGUGGACACCUGCACGAGGGACUAAACUAUACAAAUUGAAGUAUGGUUCUCAUGUACAAAUCAUUUUACAGAAUACGAAUAUUGUCACAAUUGAGGACCAUCCAAUGCAUCUCCAUGGAUACCAUUUCUUCGUUGUUGGCAGCGGCAAAGGUAACUUCAACCCAAGAACAGAUCCUGCCAGAUUCAAUCUGGUUGACCCACCAGAAAGGAACACCAUUGGAACCACACCUGGUGGAUGGGUUGCUAUCCGAUUUGUGGCUGAUAACCCAGGGGUUUGGCUAAUGCAUUGUCACCUUGAUGUUCAUAUUGGCUGGGGCUUGGCUAUGGCCUUCUUGGUUGAGAAUGGUGUUGGUAAACUAAAUUCCGUAGAGCCUCCUCCGCCACAACUUCCCCAAUGUUAAUUUACAUGAGUCAACUUUUCAGGAAGGGAUAGGGUUACCCAAGUCACAAGCCUACGAGACAAGACAUUUUUCACCCAAAUUUUAAGCACUCAUUUCCAGUAUCGUCACUUUUUUUUUUCAAUUCAAGGCUAUGGAACAAGGUACAGAGCAAGCCCAUUCGCCAGAUGAUCUUAUUAGUGUGGUUUUUAUUGUAAUGUAAACAAGCUGUUCAUAUUAAAGUAUUGCAGUGGCAACAAGUUUUGCCAAUAAAUAUU